AUGCGUACUGGGGAAGAGGACCGUGGACGUGCUGACCGUGGUAACGGCGACAACAACCCAGGCAACAACCUUCACGUCUCGGGUUUGAGCAACCGUGCCACGGAGCGUGACCUGGAAGAGGCUUUCAGCAAAUACGGAGCUCUUCAGAAGACGCAGAUCAUGUACGACCCUCACAGUCGUGAGCCAAGAGGUUUCGCAUUCGUCACUUUCGAGAAGGCCGAGGAUGCGGACGCCGCCAUCACGGCCAUGGACGCCACUGACUUCCUCGGUCGCAAGAUCCACGUCGAAAAGGCUCGUCGUGGACGCGCACGCACUCCCACCCCUGGCCGCUACUUUGGCCCUCCCAAGAAGGGACGCGACGGUCCUCCUGGUGGCGGCUACGGCGGCGGCGGUGGUGGAUACGGUCGUGGUCCUCCUCGCGGCGGGUACGGCGACGACCGAUACGGCGGUAUGCCUCCUCGCGGCUACCCACCCUACCCACCUCGCGACCCCUACGACCGUUACGGUCCUCCUCCUGGCGGCCGACCCUUCUCGCCGCCUCCCAUGCGCGGCGACCCCUACGAUCGAUACGGGCGUGGACCUCCCCCUCCUCGCGACUACCCGCCCCGCGACCGCGACUACCUGCCUCCUCCCCCUCGUGGUGGCCCGGGCAUGGACUACCCACCUCGCGACUUCCCUCCCCGCGGUCCUCCCGGCGACUACCCGCCACCCCGUGGAUACCGUGACAUGUCGCCACCUCCUCCCCGUGGCGCUGGAAGGUACGACGAUGUCCCACCUCCCCCUCCUCGUGCAGGCGGUCCCGGUGGUCGAUACGAUGGCCCCCCGCGUCCCCGUUACGACGACGCUGGUCCGCCACCCCGUCGUUACUGA